GAAUGUGCUAAUUUCAUCAAGGUGCUUAAGACUUACAACCAAACCCAUUUGUAUGCUUGUGGAACAGGGGCUUUUCAUCCAGUCUGUGCCUAUAUUGAAGUUGGAAGCCAUCCUGAGGACAACAUUUUUAGAAUGGAAGAUUCUCAUUUUGAAAAUGGCCGAGGGAAAAGCCCUUAUGAUCCUAAACUGCUGACAGCUUCUCUUUUAGUAGAUGGAGAACUGUACUCUGGCACAGCAGCAGACUUCAUGGGCAGGGACUUUGCCAUUUUCCGAACUCUGGGGCAUCAUCAUCCAAUCAGAACAGAGCAGCAUGACUCCCGAUGGCUAAAUGAUCCUAGAUUUGUUGGUGCUCACCUGAUACCAGAGAGUGACAAUCCAGAAGAUGACAAAAUCUAUUUCUUCUUCCGUGAAAAUGCGAUUGAUGGAGAGCACACUGGAAAAGCCACUCAUGCCAGAAUAGGGCAGAUCUGCAAGAAUGACUUUGGUGGACACAGGAGCCUUGUUAACAAAUGGACAACUUUCCUCAAAGCACGUCUGAUUUGUUCUGUGCCAGGACCCAGUGGCAUUGACACACACUUUGAUGAACUACAGGAUGUGUUCCUAAUGAACUCAAAAGACCCUAAAAAUCCAAUAGUCUAUGGAGUGUUUACAACUUCCAGUAACAUCUUCAAGGGCUCAGCAGUGUGCAUGUACAGCAUGACUGACGUGAGGAGGGUAUUUCUUGGUCCCUACGCCCACCGAGAUGGCCCAAACUACCAGUGGGUUCCCUACCAAGGACGAGUGCCAUAUCCACGGCCAGGAACUUGUCCCAGUAAAACAUUUGGAGGCUUUGACUCCACCAAGGACCUUCCCGAUGAAGUUAUAACAUUUGCAAGAAGUCAUCCAGCCAUGUACAACCCAGUAUUCCCCAUCAAUAAUCGUCCAAUUAUGAUCAAAACGGAUGUGGAUUAUCAGUUCACACAGAUAGUAGUAGAUCGAGUAGAUGCAGAAGAUGGCCAAUAUGAUGUGAUGUUCAUUGGCACAGAUAUUGGAACGGUUCUUAAAGUGGUUUCAAUUCCUAAGGAGACUUGGCAUGAAUUAGAGGAAGUCUUGCUGGAAGAAAUGACGGUCUUUCGGGAACCCACUGUUAUUUCAGCAAUGAAGAUCUCCACAAAACAGCAACAGCUCUACAUCGGCUCAGCCACUGGAGUUUCACAGCUUCCUUUACACCGCUGUGAUGUCUAUGGAAAAGCAUGUGCUGAAUGUUGCCUUGCGAGAGACCCUUACUGUGCCUGGGAUGGUUCAUCUUGCUCACGUUACUUCCCCACUGCUAAGAGACGUACUAGACGACAAGACAUACGAAAUGGAGACCCACUUACCCACUGCUCAGACCUGCAGCAUCAUGAUAACCCAAGUGGUCAGACCCUGGAGGAAAAGAUUAUCUAUGGAGUAGAGAAUAGCAGCACUUUUCUUGAGUGCAGUCCAAAAUCUCAGCGUGCUGUAGUCUACUGGCAAUUUCAGAAGCAAAAUGAUGACCGCAAAGAAGAGAUAAAAGUGGAUGAUCGCGUGAUCCGGACAGAACAGGGCUUAUUGCUACGAAGUCUUCAACGGAGGGACUCUGGUAUUUAUUUUUGUCAUGCUGUGGAGCAUGGCUUCAUGCAAACGUUGCUCAAAGUGACCCUGGAAGUAAUUGAUACUGAUCAUCUAGAAGAGCUGCUCCAUAAAGAAGAAGAUGGAGAUUCUUCCAAGUCCAAGGAUGCUACCAAUAGCAUGACGCCCAGUCAAAAGAUCUGGUAUAGAGACUUCAUGCAGUUAAUCAAUCACCCUAAUCUCAACACAAUGGAUGAGUUCUGUGAGCAGGUUUGGAAAAGAGACCGCAAACAACGCCGGCAAAGGCCUGCCAAUGCGCAGGUGAAUACAAAUAAGUGGAAGCACCUACAGGAGAAUAAAAAAGGUAGGAACAGGAGGACCCAUGAAUUUGAAAGGGCACCACGGAGUGUCUGAGCUACGUUACCUCUAGGAACCUCAUCCAAGUAGAAACUUGUAUAGACAGAUAACUGGAAAAAAAAUGCAAUAUUCAUGAACUUUUUCAUGGCAUUAUGUGGAUGUUUACAAGAGUGGAAAGUUCAAACAAUUUCCACCAGGUUUGAAUAAAAUCCAUUUCUAACUUUCCUAGUAAGGCCUUCCUCUCUGCUCUCAUUCUAAGACCAGAAAGACCAGAGUUUCAAGGAAGAUCAAUCACUCGGACCUAGCUUACUGCUCAAAAAGUUCUACAAGUGUGCAGCAGGCAAUUUUUGCUUUCUCUUUUGCCUGAGAUACAAGCAAAAUGCUGUUAUUUCAUGCUGUCAUCUUAAAGAAAAGAAAAAUCCCACCUUUCAUCAUCAACACUAGCAUUUCUAGACUUAUAUAUAAAACUGCAUGAACGCAUUAAGCUGAUGAACAUCUAAACACAUGAUUGGACACAAAGAUUUUGUUCUUGUUUUGUCUACCAGUUCUCCUGUUUAUAUGUACUAGAAGAGGAAAAACAAUACUGAAUGCGAUUGUUUGUGGAAAUCUGAACAACAUAAGCCAUCCAUUAUCUGGAAGAACAAAAAAGUGUGGAGUACACUGGCCUACUACUGAUGACUUCUUUCAGCUUUGAUCUAAAGAUGUAUUUUAUUAAAACUAUAAUUUAAAUGUACCAUGAAAAAUAUGCAGCAAACAUUAGCUCUUUUCUAAAAUAGAUUAGACUUUUUGUCUUAGAAAUAUUGUACUUUCUAAUUAUUGGUUUAGUGGAAAAAAAAAAUACAACUUCCAAUUAUGAGCUGCUUUAUUCUUUUGUUUGGAAACUCUUCCAGGGGAGUUAGUCACACUGCAGUUAACCUCCUCCCCUCUCAGUAAUCUAUGACAUGUAACUUCAAAACAACUUUAAAACUAAGCUAUUUUAACAUGAAAGUCACUGUAUAGGAUGGAAGUCUUCUGCAUUCUUCUUUUCUAAGUAUGGUAUUUGGAAUGAUUAAACUUGUAUAAUACCUUGCUAUAGAUUGAACCAACGAAGAGAAGAGCAUUGAUUUUCAGUUGUAUAUUUUUUUUUUUUUUAAUUAAAAAAAGUAAAUAGCAUUAAAAUACCCUCUACUAAUUA